AUGGCGACCAUCUCUUCCAAACCAGCAGCAGGCCAGAUGAUCGAGCAUGAGGGCAAUAAUUACGACACCGUCCGCGAGGGCCAAGCAUACAUCCUCAUUCCGCCAAACACCCAAAUCCACGUCAAUCCUCAGGCCAAAGCCGCAAAGGCAGGUGAGCACUUCCAGUACUGCAAGGACUCUGCACAAAGCGUGUUCUAUAACCCAAUUCAACAAUUCAAUCGCGACUUGAGUGUGCUUUCGAUCAAAGCAUUCGGCGAAGACUGGCUAAAAAAGAAGCUGGUGUCGAAUGAGAGGUCAAAGGCCAGAGGCGAGAGAAGAAGGUCGAAGAAGAGGAAGGUUGCUGAUACGAAGGAUGGUGAGGCUGGUGAUGAGGACGAGAUCGCGCAGAAUGCUGCAAAACAGGGGAAUGGACACGCGGAAACCACACAGAACGGACAAAGUACAACACCUGCCGGGCCAAAGUUCCGAAUACUCGAUGCUCUCUCCGCAACUGGACUACGAGCACUACGCUAUGCUCAAGAGAUACCACUCAAUACAUCAAUCGUCGCCAACGACAUGAAUCCGAAUGCGAUCAAAAGCAUGAAGCUCAACGUCGAACACAACAAGCUCUCCUCCUCCAUCACACCAAACCUGGGCGAUGCGAUCGGCCACAUGUAUCAAGUCGCAUACCCACCGACCAAUUCCCACGGACCUCAGCACGUCAGCAGAAAGUACGAUGUCAUCGACCUGGAUCCGUACGGUAGUGCAGCGCCCUUCAUCGACGCCGCCUUGCAAGCAUUGAACGACGGAGGGCUACUUUGCGUGACGUGCACCGAUGCAGGCGUCUGGGCAUCAACAGGCUACUGCGAAAAGACAUACGCACUAUACGGCGGCAUGCCAAUCAAAGGCCCGCAUAUGCACGAAGGAGGGCUCCGCCUGAUCAUCAGCUCGAUCGCAUCUGCCGCAGCAAGGCACGGCCUCGCAAUCGAGCCCCUCCUCUCCCUCAACAUCGACUUCUACGCCCGCGUUUUCAUCCGUGUGCAACGCUCCGCCGCCGACGUCAAGUUCCUCGCCGGCAAAACCAUGCUGGUCUACGGUUGCGACCACGGCUGCGGCGCAUGGAACACCAACAUGCUCGGCCGCAACACGAAACAGACCAGCAAAAACAGCGCUUUCCACUUCAAACACACCAUCGCUCAAGCCCCCUCCGCCGAUCGCCUAUGCGAUCACUGCAAGAGCAAAACUCACAUCGCGGGUCCCAUGUGGGGCGGUCCCAUCCACAACGCCGCCUUCAUCGAGAAAAUCCUCUCCGACCUGUCGAGUGCCGACUCAGAAGUCUACCAAACCACGCCCCGCAUCGAAGGCAUGCUUUCCACCGCCUUGGACGAGCUCUCCGUCAACGAAGACCCCCUCCCGCACCGCUUCGAGUCCUCCGAAAUCAUCCCUAAAAUCCCCGCCGAGACCAUCGACUCCUUUCCCUUUUUCUUCAACGUCUCCACUCUGUCGAAAGUCCUGCACUGCAUCGCCCCUGGAGAUGCGGCAAUCAAGGGCGCCCUACGACAUGCGGGAUACCACAUCACGAGAAGCCAUUGUCAGCCCGGCAGUAUCAAGACAAAUGCGAGUUGGGCUGUCAUCUGGGAGGUCAUGAGAGAGUGGGUGCGCCAGCGAAGUCCGAUCAAAGAAGGGAAAUUGAAAGAGGGUACGGCGGGAUGGGAGAUUAUGAAGAAAGCGCGAAAGGAGGAUGUCCCUGAGGAGAACGGGAAGGAGAAAGUGCCCGGAGAGACGCCCGAGAUUGCAGUGGAUGUCGAGCCGAGGAGAAAGGUUCCUGGUGAGGUUGGGAGGACGUUUAGGGUUGUGUUUGACGAAGCGCUGGGUAGGGAUCCGGAGAGAGACAGUCGGCUGAAGGGUGGGAGGAAGGUGGUUAGGUAUCAGAUGAAUCCCAGGGAGAAUUGGGGGCCUAUGACGAAGGCUAAGGGGAGUGCGUGA